AUGAAGGAACCUGAAAAGAACAAGUUCCUGAACGCUCCUGUUUCCCAGACCGGCCUCUUCAACAAGGACAUGCUACAGAGCACAAAGCCUAACAUUUCCUUCACACUGAAUGCAUACAAAAAAAUUCAUGACCUGAAAUAUGUUUUUGUUGCUGUGCUGUUUUUAUUGUACCCAGUUAUUGUCAUUGCUAAUGGACUCAUCAUCUGCAUUGUAUGUCUUGAAAGAAAACUACAUAAGCCAAUGUAUUUCUUAAUCUGCAAUCUGGCCUGUAUAAAUUUAUAUGGUGGAACAGCAGUGGCACCUUUCAUCAUAACUAGAUUCUUAACAGAAGAUGAUCAAAUAACAUGGCUUUCUUGUCUUGUGCAUACCUUUGUUAUAUAUAGCUAUGUUUCCAGUGACAUAACAAACCUAACAGUUAUGGCAUACGACCGAUAUAUUUCUAUAUGUUAUCCUUUAAACUAUGGUAAAAUUGUGACCCCUACAAAGGUGAUUAUAGCUGUUGCAGUUACUUGGUGUUAUCCUUUUGUACGAAUUACAAUCUCUCUCUUAUUUACAGCAAGACUUGAUAUCUGUGGAACCAUAAUUGAAAAAGUCUACUGUGAUAAUUAUUCAAUAGUGAAGCUGGCAUGCUCUGAUAUCUCAUCUUACAACAUACAUAGCUCAAUAUUGAUUUUGUUUGCUAUUGUACUCCCAUUUAUUAUAAUUAUCUACUCUUAUUUAAGGAUUAUCUUGAUCUGUUUGAAUGUGUCACGCCAAACAAAAACUAAACUCUUCAGCACGUGUGUCCCACAUCUAAUAGCAUUAUUCAAUUUUAUCCUUGGAAGUUGUUUUGAACUUACACAAAGUCGGUUUGAUAUGAGACAUGUUCCUUAUGUUUUCCGUGUAAUACUUUCAUUGUAUUUCCUAAUUCUGUCUCCGAUAAUUAAUCCAGUUCUGUAUGGGAUCAGAACUCAAGCAAUAAAGGAUGCUGUCCUAAGAAAACUUUGUAGUAGGAUUUACCAAAAGCAGGUUAAUGUAAGCUGGACUCUGAGUAGUAAAAGAACAAGGUCAGAAUCAGAGGAUUCGCUGGCUGACAUCCCACCAAGCCAGAAUGACAGCUACAGCAAGGUGGAGGAGAUAGCCUCCUCUCCAACCACUGCUAAAGAAAGAAAGCACAAUGCUGAUCAGGCAUCUCUGGGGGUUCCCUCGUUGGGAGGAACACCUCUUGACGAACAGGUUCCAUUUCAGUGCACAAGCGUGUCUCGUGGACGGCACUUGGGCUGA